AAGAAGAGGUCAGCUGACUCAACCAGGAAGUGGAAAGGAGCAAUAUCAGGAGUUCAUAUAGAGAAACGUUUAGCACUAUUUAUUGUCAAUAAGGUUUAAUUAUUGUGUGACCUUGUAUGAAUUAAAGGUGAACAACAUGAAAGGUUUGUACUGCCGAGCCGCGACGACGGACGCCGAGCCCAAGUUCCUCAUUCGGGAAACGAGUCUCCCAGAGGUUUUAGGCAGCCACCUGGUGCGAGUGCAGGUGAAGGCAUGUGGACUCAGCCCGCUGGACCUCAAGCUGCUGGACGACGUGGGCAUCCAGAGAGACUUGAUUCCCGUCGGCAGAGAGGUGGCCGGGGUCGUGCUGCGAGUCGGCGCCAAGGUCUCUUUCUUCCAGCCGGAGGACGAGGUUGUAGGUAUUCUGCCUCUGGACUCUCCGUGCUCUGGACUCUGUGACGCCAUUGACAUAGAUGAACACUAUUUAGUUCAGAAGCCGGAGAAGCUGAGCUCGGUGUGUGCUGCCGGCGCCCUGCGCGACGGCCUCGCUGCCUACACCGCUCUACACACACUCGCUCGCGUGGCGGCGGGACACACACUCCUAGUCAUGGACGGCGCCAGCUCUUUCGGCCUCAUGUGCAUCCAGCUGGCGUGUUACCACGGCGUGAAGGUCUUCACGACGUCGCACUCGCCGCAGCAACACGCCUUCCUGGAGCAGCUCCGGCCCAGCGUCGCCAAAGUCAUCCCGGUGUUUAAGGGCCCGUCGGACCUGCUGCCCGCGGUUCUGGAGGAGACGGGAGGACUGGGAGUGGACAUCGCCAUCGACUCCGGAGUGCGUCUGCAAGAGGAGGAGUCAGAGGCGGCGAAGCUCCUCCCACACAAACAUGACAUCAUCAGUGUGCUGGGAGUUGGGGGGCACUGGGUCACAUCCCACAAAGACCUGCAGUUGGAUCCUCCGGAUUGCAGAUCGCUGUACUUGAAGUCCGCCUCCAUGUCGUUCCUCAACCACGAAGUGUGGACGGCUUCCACGGCGCAGCAAGGCAGAUACCUGCACAUCCUCAAGGACGUUGUGGAGAAGAUGUCUGCCGGAGUCCUCAGACCUCAGCCCGAGGAGGCCGUCCCUCUCUACGAAGCCACGGUUGCCAUGGAGACCGUCCAGCGUCACCAGAAGAGGAAGGCCGUCGUUCGACUCUGAGUCGUACGACGACGAGGAGGAGGAGACAACGACCCACGUUCAGAAACGCUUCACUUUCACUCAAUAAAUACACAUUUUUAUCAUGAAUAUAAAAAUUCUUGCUUCUAGUGUAAAUACAGCAGUUAUCCAAAUUACAAGAUAAAAACAAACUGCAAUUUGAGUGGCUGUCAUAAAACUUACUGUGUUGCA